AUGAUCAAGCUGAGUGGGAAGCAAUCCCAGGCCACCAAUUCUAUCUGCUGCAACGCCACCGCAAUCUCCACAUCCUCCUCGAUUGCCCUCCUUGACCCUCUAAGCCAAUCCCCUUUCUCCUACUGCCCAAAUGCCUCCUCUGUUCAGCCGGUACCGCUGACGACGACAUUGACGACCGCCCGGGAAGAGCCAGACCAGAGAGCUCUAUCCCGCUCUCCCUCAUGGGGGAGACCUAAUUGGAACCUCCUCCAGCGGUGGGCCGCCACCGCCUUGGACUCUGUGGAGGACGCCUUUAUCUGCAACGUGCUGGAACGCUCCCAUCCCCUACCCAAGACGGCCGACCCCGCCGUCCAGAUAUCCGGAAAUUUCGCGCCCGUUGGGGAGACGUCCGUCCGCCACGAACUUCCAGUUGCCGGCCGCAUCCCUUCCUGCCUCAACGGCGUCUACCUCCGGAACGGCGCCAACCCCCUGUUCGAGCCCGUCGCAGGCCACCAUUUCUUCGACGGCGACGGCAUGGUCCAUGCCGUCACGCUCCGCAACGGCGAGGUCAGCUACGCCUGCCGCUUCACCGAGACGGAGCGGCUCGUCCAGGAGCGGGCCGUCGGGCGGCCCGUCUUCCCCAAGGCCAUUGGCGAGCUCCACGGCCACUCGGGCAUUGCUCGUCUCCUGCUCUUCUACGCCCGCGGCCUCUUCGGCCUGGUGGACCACAGCCGCGGAACCGGCGUCGCCAACGCGGGCCUCGUCUACUUCAACGGCCGGCUCCUGGCCAUGUCCGAGGACGACAUCCCCUACCACGUGAGAAUCAGUCCCUCCGGUGAUCUCGAGACAGUGGGGCGGUACGACUUCGAGGGUCAGCUCAACUCGACCAUGAUCGCCCAUCCGAAGCUGGAUCCCUCCUCCGGCGAGCUAUUCGCUCUCAGCUACGACGUCGUCCGCCGGCCCUACCUCAAGUACUUCUGGUUCUCCGUCGACGGCAAGAAGUCGCCGGAUGUCGAGAUCCCGCUCGACCAGCCCACCAUGAUGCACGACUUCGCCAUCACAGAGAACUUCGUCGUGAUUCCGGACCAGCAAGUGGUGUUCAAGCUGCAGGAGAUGAUUCGUGGUGGGUCCCCCGUGAUGUACAACAAGGAGAAGACUUCUCGUUUCGGCAUUCUUCCCAAAUAUGCCGCCGACUCGUCGGAGUUGAGGUGGGUCGAGGUCCCCGACUGCUUCUGCUUUCACCUGUGGAACGCAUGGGAGGAGGCGUCCACCGGCGAGAUCGUGGUCAUCGGCUCCUGCAUGACGCCGCCGGACUCCGUGUUCAAUGAGUGCGACGAGAGCCUAAAGAGCAUCCUCUCGGAGAUAAGGCUCGACCCGAGGACCGGCAAGUCGACAAGGCGUCCCAUCGCCGAUCAGGUGCAGGUCAAUCUAGAGGCCGGCAUGGUCAACCGUAACCUCCUCGGGAGGAAGACGCGAUACGCGUACCUGGCUAUCGCGGAGCCCUGGCCCAAGGUCUCCGGGUUCGCCAAAGUCGACCUCACCACCGGAGAGGUCACCAAGUUCAUCUACGGCGAAGACCGCUACGGCGGCGAGCCCUACUUCGUGCCACGCAGCACCGUCUCCGACGGCUCCCUCUCGGAGGACGACGGGCACGUGGUGACCUUCGUCCACAACGAGAGAACCUCAGAAACGGAGCUGCUGAUAGUGAACGCCGCCGACAUGCGUGAGGAGGCGUCCGUGGAGUUGCCGUCGAGGGUUCCCUACGGCUUCCACGGGACAUUCGUCAGGUCCUCCGACCUGGAAUCCCAGGCCUGA